CCUGAACCUGAGAGGUGGUCUUGCUGAACCUUCCGACCAAUAGGGGAGAGAAGCUUCAUUUUUGGAUCAUUCCUGCUGAACGAAGGAGGUGAAAAAGUGGACCAGUGACAGCAGCAGAAGGCAUUUGGACAAAAAGCUCAACUGAAGAAUGCAGGACGGGAGUUGGAACCAGCCACUCCCCGUCUCUCUGCUGCUCAAGGACCCGGCAGGAGGCGACGUUGCUGCCGCUAAAGAGGGCAACGGUGCCAUGUUCACUGAUGGUGCAGACCUGCGGGCUGAGCUAGAGGCCAGCGACAGUGACUUUGCCGACCUCAACGCUUUCCUGAACGCCGAGGAGAUCAACCGCAGCUUGGACCUGGCCUGGGAGGCCUUUGGUGACAUGCCAGACGAUCAACAUCCUCCUAUUUGCCAGGAGCAGGACCUCCAACAGACAUCUUCAGAUAAUCUUGAAAGCCUCACCUCAGCCCAGCAAAGUAACCUCCCCUGCGCAGAUGACAUUGCUGCUGUUAACCAGAACAAACCACCUGGAGAGUCUCCACCCUCUCCUGAGAAGGUCACCUGCCACAAGCCCGCCUGGCCCGUUUACAAGCAGGAUAAACCUCGGCUAGUUCACGAAGGCUUGGAGCUCAAUGACCGCACGUCUUCGGCCACCGAGUUCUGCAGCCGGGCCGCCACCUUCAUCGAGGAGCUCUCGUCCAUCUUCAAAGGUUCAGUGCAUGUGGAGCAGGAGUCGGCCUCCCCCGAUAGUGGAUAUGUGUUUCUUGGGAGCCAGCGGCCAGCAGCCCCUGCCGCCUCCUCUUCACCAGGCCGGCCAGAGCAGAUCAAGCACCACCAAGCGGACGCAGACGCUCCACGGGAAGGCUCGCAGGCCGCGGCGCCUGCUUCUCAAGAGAACCAACACACUGGAGUUCUGUCCACACCUGAACCUCUGUCACCUCCAUGCUUCAUCCAGAAGCUGAAGAGUCAGGAGGUGGCAGAGGGGAGCCCCAUUCGUCUGGAAUGUAGAGUCAGCGGGAACCCACUGCCACUCAUCAGGUGGUUCUGCGAAGGACGCGAGCUGCACGACUCCCCCGACAUCCAGAUCUGGAGGGACGAUGACCUGCACACUCUGGUGAUUGCCGAAGCCUUCGAGGACGACACCGGACGUUACACCUGCGUGGCCUCCAACAGCCUCGGUGCGGACAACACCUCCGCUGAAGUUUACAUCGAAGGAGCUUCAUCAUCAGACUCAGACGGAGAAAGAGCAUCGUCAAAGUCAAGAUCCGGAAGCAUGCCUCAAUUGCAGAAGAAAAGCACUUCCAUGUCCCUGACAAUACGCUCGUCAUCGCCCAAGACGCCUGAGGUCCCGCCUCAUCGCUCCACGCUGGUCCAGGCGCUGUCGCAGCCUCUGCAGCGGAUGCAGAGCCCAGUGUCAUCGCUGUGCAGCGUCGAUGUUUCAGGUCCACCUGUAGUCACUAAAGUGUUGCAGGAUGCCCAGGCAUCUGAGGGUCAAGUGGUGGUCUUGGAGUGCAGGGUCCGUGGAGGCCCACCUCUGCAGGUCAGGUGGUACCGCCAAGGUGAGGAGAUCCUAGACUCCCCGGAUUUUCGUAUUCUCCAGAAAAAGCCUCGAUCCGCAGCGGAGCAAGAGGAGAUCUGCACCCUGGUGAUUGCCGAGGCCUUUCCGGAAGACGGAGGUCUGUUCUGCUGCGCCGCCUCGAACUCGUAUGGCUCUGUUCAGAGCGCAGCCCAGCUCACCAUCUCUGCAGGAUUGGAGGACUCGUCCAGUAACGGCGUGCCUGGAGAUAACUCAGGGUUUGAUGAUGUGACGGCCUUCCCACCACCUCCCCUUAGAGACUUAGAGAUCAGUCUCCUGGAGCUGCCACCCAAGAAGCUUCCUCAGCCUGCUACUGAACCUCUUCAUGUCAAAGACUUAGAGUCGUGGCCCACCAUGUCAGCAUCACCUCCGGCCUCCAAGGAAAAACACAAGCAGAAAAGUUACAUGCCAAACGGACAACCCGCGAGACCACCGUCUCCUUCCAGUCCACCUGCAGAGAUCACGCCUCCCCCACCUCCUCCUCUGCCGCUUCCUCCUCCACUUCCGUCCCAAAUCUCACCUCCCACUCCUGGCAGUUUGUCUCCAUCCCCUGGGACAGAGGGCCCCCUGCUUCCUACCAAGCCCAAACCUAAGCUGAAUGCAUCUCAGCUGAAGCAGCUUCAGGAGCAGAUUCUUCUGGAGCAGCAGGAAGCGGCCAUUUGGCAGCAGCAGCAAAACCAGGAAGUGGUGCCUCCUCCACAGGAAGCUGUCCCAGCAGAUUCCCCGUCCCCGUCCCCGCCUCUCCCCCCUCCACCCUCCUUCCAGGAGCUGGAGAGCACCGCAGGCAUGCAGGCUACCACCUUCAACUAUGCCCGGCCCAAACAAUUCAUCGCUGCCCAGAGCCCGGCAGGGGGUGGCGGUGGCGGGUUUGUCACCCAGUCCUCAGGCUCCUCGGGUUCCAGCCUGUCCUCCCCCCUGUCCCCACCCGCUUCACAUAAACCCUUCAACAAGAUCGUUGUGCCACCGUUCACCGAGUCGGGCAGCGUGGACUCGCCAAGCUCACCUUCCUUCCCACCCCCGCCGCCACCGUUCUUUGCUUCCAGCAACCUGUCAUCACCAUCGGGCAGCGCCCACGACUUCCCUCCUCCACCACCACCGCCUCCACCUCCACCCGUGUCAAUGUCCUCCGUCCUCCCUGACAUAUCCACACCAUUGUCCUUCGUCCCUUCAUCUCCAGCCUCCAGCUUCCUGUCAUCAGUGUUGCUGGCCACGCCCCCUACACCUAGGGGUCCUGCGGUCAACGCUCUGGGUCUUCCCAAAGGGAACAGCACUGUAAAAGUCUUCCCCAAGAAGUCACCCACCGCCCGCACGCCUCGCCUCAGCUCAGACUCAGACAUCCAGGGCUCCAAAGACGCUGUCAUCCAGGACUUGGAGAGGAAACUGCGCUUUAAAGAGGAGCGCAUGAGCAACGGGCAACAGAGGCUAACCUAUGAAGAGAAGAUGGCUCGCAGGCUGCUGGGAGCCGACAACGCCGCCACGGUGUUAAAGACGCAGGACGCCCAGGAGGAGCCCGUCACACAGGCAUACAAGUCAUCUGAUAGAGAACGUUUCCCCCAAAAGGAGUAUAAAGUGUCCAGUUUUGAGCAGCGUCUCAUCAGCGAGAUUGAGUUCCGCCUAGAGCGUUCGCCGGUUGAGGAGUCAGAUGAGGAUGUUCAGCACGACCCGGACUCGGUGGGCCAGGGGGGCAGGGUGCCCUCCUUUGACCAGAAGCUCAAACAUUACAAAGUCUUUGAAGGCAUGCCCGUCACCUUCAUCUGCAAGGUCGCCGGAGACCCCAAACCUAAGGUGUACUGGUUCAAAGACGGCAAGCAGAUCUCCAAGUGGAGCGAGCACUACCGCAUCAGCCGUGGAACAGACGGCACGUGCACACUGCACACGGCGGCUGCCUCGUUGGAUGAUGACGGCAACUACACCAUCAUGGCAGGCAACCCCGAGGGCCGGGUGAGCUGCACAGGCAGGAUGAUGGUACAGGCUGUGAACCAGCGAGGCCGCAGCCAGCGCUCGACGCCAGGACACAUGCGCAGGCCCAGGUCCAGGUCCAGAGACAGCGGCGAUGAAAAUGACAUCCAGGAGCGUCACUUCCGUCCGCACUUCCUGCAGGCGCCUGGCGACCUCAUUGUGCAGGAGGGACGACUGUGUCGCAUGGACUGCAAGGUGAGCGGUUUGCCCACCCCCGACCUCGUCUGGCAGCUUAACGAACAAACCAUCCGACCAGACUCCGCCCACAAGAUGCUGGUCCGCGAAAACGGUGUGCACUCGCUGGUCAUCGAACCCGUGACUGGUCGCGACGCUGGCAUCUACACCUGCAUCGCCAGCAACCGUGCCGGACAAAACUCCUUCAACCUGGAGCUCAUCGUAGCAGCCAAAGAGAUGCACAAGGUGCCAUCCUUUGUGGAGAAGCUGCAGAACACCAGCGUGGCGGAGGGCCACCCGGUGCGGCUGGAAUGUCGCGUCAUCGGCGUUCCGGCCCCCCAGAUCUUCUGGAAAAGGGAAAAUGAAUCACUCACUCACAACACAGACAGAAUUAGCAUGCACCAGGACAACUGUGGCUACUUGUGCAUGAUCAUCCAGCCCGCCACCAAAGAGGACGCCGGCUGGUACACGGUGUCGGCCAAGAACGAGGCGGGGAUCGUGUCCAGCACCGCGCGCCUUGAUGUAUAUGCCCAGUGGCAGCAACCCAACCUCACCAAGCCCAAGAAGGUGCGUCCGGCUACCAGCCGCUACGCUGUGCUGACCGAGAGAGGCCUGGACGUGAAGGCCGCCUUCUUCCCCGACAGCAGCCCGCUGCCGCCCGGUAGCUUGGUGGAGAGCGACGACCUGUAGUGACUGUUUGUGGAUUUAAAGAAAGACCAUUCUGCUUUUAGUGACUGGAAAGUGUAAGCGUUCAAGUAGCAGGACUCAGGGAGGCAGGGCUUAGUGGAGAGGAUGACAGUGAGCGAUGAAUGAAGAGAAAGAAGCAUUACAGUAAGUGUGCUUUUAAUUACGAGUGACAUUUGUUGUUUUUCUGGUUCUAAAAAGAUGGACUGGAGAUUCUGCUUUCACAGUCUUUUUUCCUCACUCACGCACACACAAAAUGUCCAGUUUAUUUUUAUAUUAAAGAAAUACUAUUGACCCCUACCUGACAUUAUGGUCUUUUAAUCGUAUCAAACUAUAUUCUUAACCUUUCAAUCACUUUUUAGGCCUUAAAAAAUGUGCAUUUAACUUGUGCCAAGGCUCAUUUAGCUGGAUGAUUAUGCUUUAAUCCAUCAUCUGACAACUCAUGUGUGUUAUCAUGCCAACCCAUGUCUGUAUAUGGAUUGUUCUCCACAUAUUACCAUCUUCAAAUUUUAGGUUAUUAAAGUUUUAAUAAAGAAUGUA